AUGUACCAAGACAGACAAAACUUACCAUCACAUCUAAAAGGUAUAUAUGUUCAUAAGUUCCUAGUUAGUUCAAUAGCAAUGUGGGCUUCACCUCGCUAUGCAUGGUAUGUUUGUAAACUUCUUGACGAACUUUGUACAAAGCAGAGAGAAGAUAUGAUGAAAGAAGAUAAAAGCAUACAGAAAAGAAUACCACGUUCGGUACCAAAAGGAAAGGAAAAGAACUAUAAGUAUAUGAUUUAUACUGAAGAGAUGGAAAAUGAAGAAGACAGAGAUAUGGUUAUGUUGCAUUUAGUCAGAAGAAACAACAAAAGCUUUUACGACCUUGCUAAGAUUUACAAAUCUGACAGAAAUUGGUUCUAUCGCGAAAACUUACCGAUUUCAAUGACACCGAAUGAAGAUGUGAAACAAAUAGUUCAAGAUACGUUACCUCAAACACACUAUGAUAUUAAAGGUUGUACAAUACUUACCUUCAAAGAAGAUUUGCCGCUACUGAAAGAAAAAAUAACAGAAUAUUUCGAUAACUUCAAAGAGGAAGAGUAA